AUGCAACCACCUCAUCAGCAUUCGAGGAUCAAUCUUACUGACUUUAAAGUUCAGUUAGUGAGGAAACUUGGGCCGGUGGGGUCCAAGCAGUAUUUUCAUUACUUGAAUAGCUUCUUGAGUUUGAAACUGAGUAAAGUUGAGUUCAAUAAGCUUUGUCUUAGGAUUCUUGGGCGGGAGAAUAUUCCACUACACAAUCUGUUCAUUCGAUCAAUACUGAAAAAUGCUUGUAGUGCAAAAGUCCCACCGCAGGCAAUUUACAGUGAUGAUGUGAAGCAUGGUACACAAGUUAAUAACAAGGAGAUUCCGACUGAUUGUUGUCAUCAAAAUGGACCUCAAACCACCAUGACACUGGCUUCUGGUUUGCCUGGUUUGGUGAAUGGAGGUGAAAUAUUGCCCGUGUCACCCAAAAAAGCCAGGACAGGUUCCCGUGAUAGGAGGACUGGGGAACAUCGUAGUGCACUUGGACCAAAUGGUGAAACGAGUUUUGCAUCUCAGCACUUGACUGCUGCACAGUCUAGUGAUUUCAAUGUCAUCUUGGAGAAUGGGAAUCUGAAUCCACUUGAUAUUGGGAGGCCAAUGCAGCAUCAUCAAGAACUCCUGCAGCAAGCAGAGAAUGAAAAGAUAAAGACAUCUAAUGGUCCAGGUUUUGUACAUAGCAAUGGCUCAACUGAAUUGCUUGUUAGAGAUAAAGGGAAAGAGGUCUAUUCCAGGAGUCUGCUUAGAGCUCCACUCGGGAUUCCACUAUGCCCGGUCAGCAUUAGUGGGGCCUGCAAAGCUCUGCCACUUGCAAGUAGCAGUAGAUUUUUUAGCACAUAUAGCGAUGGUGCUUUGUUAGACAGUCUAACAUUAAGGGAGAGAAUGGGGCAGAUUGCUUCAGCACAGGGUCUUGAAGGGGUGUCAAUAGACUGUGCCAACAUACUGAACCAUGGUUUGGAUUGUUACGUGAAAAAUUUAAUCAGGUCUUGCAUUGAACUUGCAGGGGCUAGGUUUGGGCACGAGCUAACAAAAAGUAAUAUAAACAAGCACCAGGCUUAUAUGAAGCUUGUUAAUGGUGUCAGACCAGGUCAUCAACAGCAGAUUCAGAUUAGUGGUCGGCCUUUGGAUUUUCAAGAACAGGGAGCCCACUGCCCCAUUUCUUUGCAGGAUUUUAGGGUUGCCAUGGAGUUGAAUCCUCAGCAACUAGGUGAAGACUGGUCGUUGCUACUGGAGAAAAUAUGUACACAUGCAUUUGAAGAAUAA